CUGUCAUCUGUCAAAUCUUGCUGGCGAAAAAGUGCCGCAUUCGUGUGAUUGGUGUGGCUUUUGAAAAAGUGGUUUUACUGGUUGAUAUUAUCAAUUUUACUAACCAAAUCACCGUAAAUGUAUGGAUAUUUACUACGAGUUUCAUAAAAUCAUAAGGAAUAACAGUGAGCGGUAAAGCAAGAAGAUAAAAACAAGUUAUUUUGUGGCACCCGUAACGGGGUGCAGAAGCCAAAAUCAAAGAUGGACGACAAACGCGAUGGUAAAAAGCGUGAUAAAAAGAUACGAAAAUCGCGUAGCCCUAGUCGUGAAAAACGUCGGACGCCGUCUCGAAGCCCCAGUUAUGGACGUCGACGACGUGACCGCAGUCGCAGCAGGGACCGCAUUCGAAGACGCUCGCCCAGUCCACCGCCGAUGAGGAGACGAGGUCGAGGUCGUCGCAGUCCCAGUCGUAGCCCACCGCCUCCGCCGGGAAUGCAGAUUCCACCACCGCCAAUGAUUGGGAACCCGGCUGCGGUGGCCGCAUCCGCCUACAUGGGAACCGGCCCGCCCAUGUACGAUGCUUAUGGCGGUUAUGCCGUUCCUCCGCCACCAGCACCGACCUACAUGGGAGAUAUGGGCGCGGGUUACGGAGCAUAUGACUACGGAGGGCCGAGCGUGCCGCCGCCGGAUGGUUAUGCUGGUAUGAUGAAUGCCCAAGGCACGAUGAUGAUGGGACAACCAGGACCGCCUGGUGAAGAGUAUGGCGGCGCCGGAGGAUGGAAUGUACAAGAAACCGAAGAAGAGAAACGCAAACGGGAAGCCGCUAUUGCGCUGGAGGUUCGCAACCAGCGCGCAUCGCUAAAGAAACAACGGGAUGAUUACCGCCGGCGUGCAAGUGCCCUAAAACGGGAGUUGAAAACUUUGAAACAGCAGCGUUCGGAUUUGUGCUCGGGACGGGAUCCACCAUCGCCAACGACCAACAGUUUUGUCAAGGAAAACGAUAAGCUACAGUCCCAGAUCCAGAGCAAGAUCAGCACGAUCGAGAACGUGAUAGACAUGCUGGAAGGAAUCAUUGGAAAGGACAAGACACCGACUCCACCACCGCCGCCAAUCAGCGAUUCGCCGAAGAAGUCCUCCAAGAGCCCAAGCAAGGAGCGAGGCAAACGAUCGGAAUCAGGUUCGCCGGAACGACUCAAAAAGGAAGUUCUACAGACAAUGAAGCGUAAGGACAGGAAAGAUGAUAAAUCCGCAGUUAAAACCGAACCAAAUGACGCGGAUCACAAACGGAAGCCGCAGUACAAUUACAUCUACUACGACCCGGAACUGCACUGGUGUUCGGUGUGCAACAUAUUUCCAAAAACGGCCAAGGAAUACCUCAACCACCUGCAUUCGGAACAGCAUCGCUCCAAGUUGACUGGCGAGGUUUCGAAAGAUUUCCCCUGGAGGGAAAAACAAACAACGGAAGAUCCCAAAAACGAUCCGGAUCUACCGAGCAAGCGGACACCCAUCCGAGGGCUGCAGUUCUUCGUACCGGCGACCGCGUGGUAUUGCAAGAUUUGCGACUACUGGAUGGGCGAUCUUCCCAGCGCUUCAGUGCAUCUCAAAUCUUCGAAACACAGCGAUCAGUAUGGGGAAUUUAUUGACUCGCAUACCAACUUCGAGAUCGACUGGAUGUCGGACCGCCAAAAAGCUUAUGAGAAAAUGCGAGAUAGCGAUCGGCAGCCACAAGCGAACACCAAAACGACCGAUAAUGCCACACCGGCAGCCGUGCUGUCCGCCGUUGGAGGAGGUGAUGUUGAUUUCAUAACCGGAAGUUCAUUGCAGAAGGAAUCGGGUGAAGGUAAAAAGCGCAAAAAGUCUAAAGAUGAUAAAAAGGAGAAAAAGAAGAAGAAGCGAUCCAAGAAAAAGAAGAAACGAGCGGCUUCCUCGAGCAGUUCAAGCUCCAGCUCCGAUUCAGAUUCGGACUCGGAUCAAAAGAGCACCAAAGGUGACGGGUUUGAUCCAGCCACAUCGAUUCGGGUUGCCAUGCGAAACUUGCUCAAAGCGCAGGAAGCAGCAAAGGAUGCUCAACAGGUGGAAGAGUCUACUGCAGGCAAAUGGACCGUUGUUCAGACAGCGUCGGUGCCGAAGGAGCUAGCCGCUCCACCCCCUCCCUUCAUGACAGAUGGAGCUGAAAGUCGAGAGAAGAAGCGCGACGAACUGAUGAUUUCGCAGUGGGUCACCCCGGAUCCGAUUAUUUCCGAAUCGGAGAAAAAACUACUGGAGCAGUUGAAAGGUAAGUUGAAGAAACGGGAUGAUGGACCGCCGGGUUCUGGUCGUCAUCAAGACGAUGAAGGUCGUGGUCGAGGUAACGAUAGACGCAGCAAAUCAAAAAGUCCGCCAUGGCGUCGAGGUAGCCGUAGUCCAGGGCGACGUGGUAACAGUCGGAGUCCAAUAAGGCGUUCCAGUCGAAGUCCUAUCAGACGAGGAGGUUUCAGAAGAAGUCCAAUGGAUCGUCGACGAGAACGAGACUUUGAUCGUGGACGGUUCGACAGAAGACGGCGUAGUCGAUCGCGCGGCCGCCGAAGUCCUAGCUAUGGGCGCGGAAGAUUUCGCAUGAGAAGAUCGUAUUCCAGAUCCAGGUCUCGCUCUCGAUCGCGCGGUCGUCGAGUGAUCGAAAAACCGAUCGUCAAUUUCCCUCCGGAGCCGAAACCCAAACCAGAGAAGAAGAUCAAAGAGAAAAAGGACGACGAUAAAAAGGAAAAGAAACCCGUCACGUUGGCCAUCGGUCAAAAGAAGUUGCCAUUCAUUGGACGAAUGCCAGUAUUCAAAAAACAACAACAGGAAGCCAAAAAAGAGGAGGCGACUCCGCCUGAAAACACCAUUGGCUCAGCUACCGCAAGUGUUGAAAACGGAACAAAGCAGCAACCUGAAGAAUUCGUCGACAUGAUGCCGGAUCCGUAUCAGUAUGUUGCCCUAAUGGGUGCACCUCCGCCUCCACCUUCUCACCCAAGCAAACCGGAUAGCAUUCUUCCACCGGGAAUCGAUGAAGCGGAUGCAGAUCUUGUUCCAAAACCCAUCAGCGACGCCCCCAUUCCACGCAAGGGGCCGCUCCCAAAAGAUUUCCAAGAAGCUCUGGACAUUCUCUUCGAUGGCGACAAACCCAAACCAGCGGACAUCAUAGCCAACGAGACCAAACUCCCUGAGAUGGUUCCCCAGGUUCCGAUCGUUCCGAUCAUCGACACCGAUCAACCCCAGAUGAUUGUCCCGGAAGCGAUCGAAAUCUACAACCAACAGAUUGCCGCGCAGUAUAGCACAGCAGUUGUAUCGGCACCGGCCAUCGCCUACGACGAUGAAUCGCAGAAUCAGCCUCUUGAAAUGGCGAAAGCCACCGACAUGGCCGUGGACCAUUCGGCGGACUCACUACCCCCGGCACCGACGGAUAGUUCUCCCCCAAUGCCUCCAACUGGUGAAAACGAGUCAGUGGAGCCAAUGCCGCCUGCUCCUCCACCGCCGGAAAUCGAAAACGAGGAAACGCGUCGGAAACGGGCCGAGCUGGAAGAGCUUGCCAUGCUGGGCAUUGAUGCGGAUGACAUGGCGGCACAAAUUUUCUAAUCUUCAGCACGUUUUAUUUUCUUAGGUUCCUUCCGCUGUUGGGCGCCGCCAUGCGGACGGAGUAGACCGUUCCAAGGCGUAAAUUUGGUCACAUUAAGUAUACAAAUACAGUACACCAAACGUAGCCUACAUCGAUUUUUGUAAGUUCUAAAUAACUUGUAUUUUAUACUACAUUGAUACAUUGAAUGAUUAUCUGAUUAAGAUAUGCAAAACAUGGUUCCCAUUUCCAAUAGACAACUGUUGAAAAUAUA